AUGGCCAGAUCGAGGUAUGGUUGUGCGAUUUGUGGGUACGACAUUCGUUGGGGCCGUUCCGACGCUGUGUGGUUAAGAGAGUUCCGAGCUAUCUAUUCGACUGCAGAUGGAUAUUUCAUCUCGGGUGUAGGUCACUUCAAGUUCCAGUCAGAAAAUUCCUUCAGAGCACCGAUCGAUCCUACAAACCGAUACGAUGACGAUGAUUACGAUUCUCAACUCACUGAAGACUUCGAUAUCUACAAAAACCGGCGGAACCGCACCCUCUGUGACGUAUAUGCCACACACGAUGCCUGCUGGAGUCUCUUGCAAGAGGCCAUGAAGCCAAACGAGAUCUCGCCGCAGAGAUUUGUGGAUAUUUGCGAGUCAUUGCCAUUAGCUGCACUAUUUUGUCCAUUUUGGGGCCAUAACUUCGGUGGCAUUUUUGACUUUGACCUCAAUUCUGGCUACCCUUGGGAGAGGCAGCUAGAGAAAAACCUCUCGAAAUCAGAAGCAUCACUUCACGUCAUGGAAGACCCAGGUUCCAUACCAGAGAUCCCAGAGAUAUUGGCUAAAACCGUCCAAGAGUCAUCAAAUACAACCUCUGUUCGGCUUAUAGUGCAGAUGGUAGUGGAGCCUAAGGACUGCUUUAGCAUUUUCCCGUGGGAAAUUCGAGAAAUGAUCGCUAAAAAGUUGCCUACUAGCGAUGCAUUGAAUUUACGCUCAUCUUCCCGAUCGUUUUACCCCCUCCUAGUCAGCCCCGCAUUUUGGGCAUCCCGAUUUGAGGUUGGGAUUGACCGUGCUUUCCUUGUCGAGAAACGAAAUGUGGCAGAGACGAGGGACUGGCUAGCUCUCUAUCGCAAUACCACCUACUCUCAGAGUCCACCGGGCUUAAAAAACAGAAGAAGGAUCUGGGAUUUGAUUGAGAAUAUUGUUCCCUUGUUAAGUUUAUCUUCAAUUGAAGGUUCUGAACAUGGGUCUACGAACGCGCUUGACCACGAAACCUCCGAUGAAUCAGUACUCGUUUUAGCAGAGGCAAAUAUCCUGACAAAGUCUGAACGUGAUCGCAGCGGUGUCAGAGCCGCUGAGAUUUCCACCACGAAAUAUUUUCAGAAUCAAGGAUGUCGAGUCUUUCAGAAGCAAUAUACCUCCCUCCCUAAGGAUUUGACCAGUCUUGCCCUUUCAUUUGUCAGACUUGGGGACAGUGGAUAUCUCUGUGGAAUACGUGUCACAUCGCAAGAUAGUAAGGGCAUUCAACUGGGAUAUCACUCUGAGGAUACACUCAUUUUCAACGUUGACAAAAGGUUGAGGGGUUUUAUCCUGGCGAUCCACUCCCAAGGUGUUCGUGCCAUUCAGGUUCUUGACGGCAAUGGAAAAUCAGAAUGGCUUGGAUUCCCCAAAGACACACCAGUUACCGAGCGUUUGGCAGUCGAGAAUAUAGAAGAAGUACAAGUUGGGAUCGAUUGGGGUAUUUUGGCUACUGACGAUGCCAAAUUCGCAUCAAUCUAG